AUGAUGAUCGGUGAAACCCGGAACAGAUCAGCUGUCUCCGUCCACGCGGUCGGGGCAGGCAGGGACGAAGGUCAAGUGAGACAAGAGUGGCGAGGAUCGACGGUGAUACCCUCAACGGAUCAGCUGUCUCCAUCCACGCGCUGUCCCGUCCACGCGGUCGGGGCAGACAGGAACGAGCGUCAAGUGAUGCAAGAGCGGCGAGUACUGACGGUGAUACCAUCAACGGAUCAGCUGUCUCCGUCCACGCGGUCGGGGCAGACAGGGACGAGCGUCAAG